AUGAAGGGGGGGAAACAAAAGUUUGAUAGGGCCAUUCACAAAACAGAAGGGAUGGAUGGCGCACUGCCCAAUGAGGUUUUGGAACCUUUGGAGGAAGUGUACAAACCAUCGCUGCGUGUGGAUGUUACGGCAGAGCCUCCGGAGGAAAAUGAAAACAGCACAGGAACAACUCCUGUGACAUCUGUUACUCCACAUGUUUCUACAAAUAUUUUUGUGGCAGGACUCCCCCCAUCAUGGGACGAGAACGACUUGCGGAAAAAGUUUCAGGAAUUUGGCGAGAUUAUUUCUACAAGACUUGUGAGACAACGUCAUUUUGCAUUUGUAAUGUUUCGAAGGCCCGAGUCUGCGCAUGCUGCGAUCAAUGCGACACAUUUGACACAUCCCACACCAAAUAGCUCCAUGUUCUUGCAUGUGUCUAUUGCGAUGCAUGAUGAGGGGGUAGAUGAAAUACCUAAUGAUCGUAUUUUUAUUCGAGGGCUACCUCAGUGGGCAAACAAGGAUCAUCUUCGGCAUUGUUUUUCGCGUUUUGGCAGCAUUGUAGACUCCGCCGUACUUAUGAAUCCUCUUGGACAGUGCAAGGGUUCCGGUUUUGUGCAGUUUUCAUCUAUUGAUGAGGCGACGGAGGCGAUUAAAGCAAGGAAGACCAUUCGCAUUGAAAACUGGGAUGCGGAGCUGGAGAUCAAAUAUUCAGAGACGGCUGAAGUUAGGCAACAACGACAGGAACGUAACAAAAACCGGCAGAGGCAUUCACCCAAAUAUGGGCAGCACCAGCUACAAUACCAACUUUUUAAUUCUUCAGCUUCGGUGGUUUCCCCAAUACCCGCCUUUCCUGUACUGGGAAUGUCAGCUCCGUUCCCCUUUUUUUAUCCACGGCCUGCGCUUAGUCCGGCGGCAUCGCCCCACAUAAUAUACUCUCCGAUGGUUCCAUCACCCGUAGUGCCGGUAUAUCCGUCUCCGCCCGUAGUUUUUAAAUCCAAACUGGACUUAUUUCCCUCCAGCGGUGAUUUACUUUUUACCGGUGUAUCAUUGACAGAAUCAACCCUGUUGUCACUCUUACAGUGUUAUGGGAAGGUAGAAUCUAAGGAUAUUUUUGAUGAUGCUGGGGCAGCCGUGAGAAUGGUGGACCGGGGGUUACACGCAAUUAUUGUUCAACAACUCAACGGCACCAUCUUUCCCGAUGGUAAGGUGAUGUCAGUCGUUCUUUACCCUUGA